AUGGACCACACCGCCAGCAUAGUACCCUCCUACCCGGAGGCCUUCCCGCCACUCGACACCUGCACCCCCAUAACUACACAACACAACGACAUCGCAUCACCAAUCUGCGCCAUCUCCUCCCCAACAACCACAACCACAACACCAACCACACUAGACCCCCUCUUCCAAAUCCACUACGAAACCCCCCUCUACACCGAAAUCAACAUCCCCCUCCCACGCCUCCCUCCCCCGCGAAACCCCGCCCGCACCACCAAACCCAGCAGCCCGACCUCUCCCACACCAACCUCACCCACAACAGCCCAAGCCCCACCGCGCGGCCGCUCAAAAACGCUUUCCUCACUCUCUCUCUUCCGAACACGGCGUUCGUCUUCCACAUCUUCCUCUUCCUCCCAGCAACCCCUAUCCCCUUCUACAUCUCGCCCUUCCACAUCAUCCUUGGCCUCGGUGUCAGAGACGCAGCAGCAGCAGCAGAGGCCGCGCAAAGAAACCGUUAAAUCGCGCGAAGUCAAUGCGUUGAUGGACCUGAGGCAUCAGAGUAAGAAGGGGAGGAGUGGGACGAUUGAUGCGUUGGCGGUUGUACCGGCUGUGCUGGUGUUGAGUGCGGAGUUGUUUACGCCGGGGGAGAAAGGGGGAAGGAGGAAGGAUUCGGGGGUGGGGAGGUGGGAGGAUGGGAUUAGGUGA